GGAGAAUAGGAACCAUAUAUAUACCUAACUGAAAGAAAGAAAGAAAAAAAUGAAGAAAGAAAGCAUUUUACUACAUAAGAGAGCUCAGAAGUCAAAAAGAAAGGAGAUCGUAGAUCCGGGAUGGAGAGAGAAUGCGGGUCGAAGAAGACCUUGUUCAGCGAAGAUGAGCUGCAAAAGAUUAGUGGGGUCAUUGUGGGAGAUGAUUACGUGGAGGUGAUGUGUGGCUGCACGAGCCACCGUUACGGAGACGCCAUUGCUAGGCUUAGGGUUUUCUCAGAUGGAGACCUCCAAAUCACUUGCCAAUGCACUCCCGCUUGCCAUGAAGACAAGUUAUCGCCUGCUGCCUUUGAGAAGCAUUCUGAGAGAGAAACCUCUAGAAACUGGAGGAACAACGUGUGGGUGUUCAUUGAGGGAGACAAAGUUCCGCUUUCAAAGACAGUGCUGCUCAGAUACUACAACCAAACAUUGAAGAAUAACUCCAACGGAUCCAAAGUGACUCAUCGGGAUGAGUUUGUUGGAUGCAGUAGAUGUGGGAAGGAGAGGAGGUUCAGGUUGAGGAGCAGAGGGGAAUGCCGGAAGCACCAUGAUGCCUUGGCUGAGCCCAAUUGGAAGUGCUGCGAUUACCCAUAUCACAAGAUUACAUGUGACGAGGAGGAAGAGAGAGUGAGCAGGAAAGUUUACAAAGGUUGCACUCGUUCUCCGUCUUGCAAAGGCUGCACUUCCUGUGUCUGCUUCGGCUGCAACCUCUGCCGUUUCGCAGAUUGUAACUGCCAGACUUGCCUGGACUUCAUCACCAACACCAAACCCAUUUGACUUCAUUUUUUUACUUGAAAAUUAUUCAGCAAAAACCUUUUUGUAAUUCUUGAAUGAUGGCUGCUGGAUGCGCCUUUUAAUUAUAUAGCUUUGUUUUUGUGGUAACUGGAGAAACCGUGUAGGAUUCAAAAACAAACAGAAAGAGUUGUGAUUUGAAAUGAAAGCAAAAAAAAGUACAUGCCUCUUAAAA